AUGAAUGAAACAGCGUCCGUUAAAUCUACGCCUCUGGAAAGGGGACGAGACAAGUACACAUACUUGAAGGAGUCCUGCAAGCGUGCCUCCCCACUGCUACGACGCUUUUGUCGCUUCACCCGCCCUCGCCUUCCUACCGGGGGGUCGGCUCGCCCCAGCCAAUCAAGGAGCCUACGCUCGUUUAGCCCGGGGGUCUCGCCUUUCCUCGCGCUCCUCCCACGACUUUUCCUCCCCGUGGAUCCUCACCCGGCACCCCCAUCCUACAAACCAGACUUCCCAAGGUUCCCAGCCCCACAGCCACCCCAGGAGCCCACGGCUGGUAACUUCUGCAGGCCCAGCGCGGCCCGCUGCUGCCCUCUCACUGCGGGUCGGGGAGGCUCUCUGCCCUCCCCAGGGCCCGCCGGGUGCCGGGUUCCGCCGCCAGCCCGCCCCGUGGGGCCGCCCCUAAUCGUUGCCAGCCCCCGCGCCGGCCUGGCCACAUCUGAGGAGGUAGGGGGGGAGGGGGCGCAGCAAGAGCCAGCGCGGGUCUCUCCCUCCGCCGGGCCGAACAUAAACAAACAGGCGAGCCCCAACUCACCCGCGGCUCCCUCCACCUCCAGCAUCCACCCCCGGGCAGGAGGCGCAAAGCAAACAGGUCUCCGAAGCCCAGCACAGAGGCACAUUGUUCGCUCCUGCGGAUCUUACCUCGGUCUGCGAGCGCGCCCCGGGGGCGGGCCGUCUGGCGCGGGGGCCGCGCGGGGAGAGGAGCAGAGGGCAGCGGCGACCCGGGCCGGUGAGGGCCGAGGCCGGCCGCACGCGGGUCGCCGGCCGCCGAGUCCGCGCCGCGGCUUGCCGGCGGGACACGGCGCCGCUGCUCGGCGCGUCCUCCUGCUCGGCCGCCGCCGCCGCCGCCUCCUCCAGCCAAGCAGCCAGCGCCGGGCGGCUCCUGGGGUUAGGUCAACAUUUUCCCGCAGUUUCCCACACGCCGCUUCGGAGAGGGGUCUUUUAUACACGCGCGCACACCCCCAGACCUCACGCUCCCUUAGAAAAAUCAAAAUUUCGGGAAUCAGAGCGAAAGGGGUGGCGGAGGUAAAAGCCCGACAGAGGUGCGCAGACUUGGGAGUCCCCUCGGAGCGGCGGCCGCGGGAGGGGCGGGCAGACGCCGGCGGCGCGAGGCCAACUCAGUUUGUCAGGCGAAGCCCCUCAGCCGGCGGUCUGCGCCGGCCGGACUGGCAUCCCUCGCGCCGACCCUGCGGCCUGGGGCGGGAGACAGCGGCGGCCCCUCCUCACAUUUCGGGGCUCCAGGCCGAGGCUGAGCGGUGGCCGCUGCCCCAAGGAAGGCUGAAGGCGAGGACUCUGGCUCGGGGAAGCUGGGAGGUGCACGGAAGAGCCACGCCACGCACAGCUACGGAGGGGAGAUGCCCCCCAACAAUCCCAAGGAAUUCUCCGGGAAAUUGGCCCGUUAUAAGAAAUCACAUCCAAAUUGAAGAUUUAUUCCAAACAAGGAAAUUUGGACACAACGAGAGACACCGGGAAUGCACAUGCAUAGAGGAAAGCAUGCUCUGUGUGAGGACACAGUAAAAAGUGGCUAUUUGUGAAGCCAAGGAAAAAGACUUCAGAAGGCCAACCUUCUGACACCUUGAGCUUGCAGCUGCAGCCUCUAGAACUCUGAGAAAAUAAAUUUCUAUUGUUUAAGCC